UUAACAUUUUUGUUGUUAUUUUAGUUUGGGGACAGUCAAAAGUUAAGACUUGUUCGUAUCUUAAGAAGUACGGUAAUGGUAAGAGUUGGAGGUGGAUGGGUCGCGCUGGACGAAUUUUUAUUGAAGAAUGAUCCAUGCCGAGUUAUGUUAGUUUUACCUUUACCCGACCCUGACAAACCUGAGCAGCACGAACCUUGGUGCCCUCUUGCUAAGGGUCGCACCAACAUUGAACUGAGGGAGCAGUUCAUCCUAGCGGACGGAGUCUCUCAAACGAUGUCCGCGUUCAGGCCAAAAACUUCAGCUUCCACUUCCGGUUCUUCGGCCAGCUCGUUGCGCACUCCUGCUGGACCUAUCACUAAGGUGAGGGAACGUUCAGGAAGAUCUGUUCCAAUGUCGAGAUCAUCAAGAACAGCCGGAACUCCGGACUCUCAAUCAGAUACCGAAGGCACCGGAUUGAAAACACCGAGAAAAAUGUCUUACAGGUCCACUUUAACACCAGGCGGAUCAAGACCCAGUUCUCAACCGGCUUCAAGAACCGGUAGUAGACCUGGAAGUAAACCACCAUCUAGACACGGUUCUAAUUUGUCGUUAGAUAGCACCGAUGAUGGAACUCCAUCAAGAAUUCCAAGAAGAACUACAGUAAGUAGAACGGGGACGAGUACACCAAGAAGAUUGGGUGUGAAUGGAACUGGUUCAAGACCAAGAACUCCAACGGGAUUGAUUUCGCCAGCGAGUCCAGCUCAAAGAUCGUCCAUUCCGAGAGCAUCAAGCAUACCGGCUUUAACCACUUUUUCAACCCCAAGGUCACGUAUCCCCGUUUAUAAAGGAAGUAAUGAUACAAUGGACCCAGAGUCACCUUCACAAUCAACAUCGAGUUCUUGCUCGGUUUCUUUCUCUUCUGGCUUCCGUUCUUUGCCAUCGAGCGGAAAAACAAAAAUACCUGUUGUAAAAAGCAGGCCAGCUACGCAUUCUCGAUCUACAACCAACACUACUAUUCCUAACGCUCCGAAUUUACGGACAGCAUCUAGAACUAGGACACCAUCGGGUUCAAACACCCCGGUUCCACCUGGAAUGCAAACUGCGGCUUCAAGAUUAUUACGAAAACCAUCCGAUUCGAAAUCGAAGGAAUCUAAAGAACCGUUUAGGCUUUAAAUUUUAAUUCUGAAUUUAAUAAAAAUGUUAAUCCGUAUUAAUCCAUGACUUAACCGAAAAAAAUAAACUUUACUGAAAUGAAAUAAUUAUUAAAAAGCGCUUUAAAUAUUUACGAGAAACGUUAGUAAAUCGUUCGUAUUUUAUAUAAUAUUUCUAUCCGGGAUGAUGAAACACAAUUUGCAAAUGAAUUUGGUAUCGCCAG